AUGAACCCCAAGCUGACCAUCUCGGACGGGAACCUGGCCGACCUGGGCGGGCUGUCGCUCGCCUGCCAGGCCCUGCAGGCCCGCCUCGGGGACGGGCUGCGGCCCGAGCACCUGGCCGCGUUCUUCCGCUCCUGGGCGAACGUGUGGAAGGCGAAGGAGUCGCAGGCAUACACCAUCAAGAAGUUGUCCGUGGAUCCGCACGCGCCGCCGUCCUUCCGCGGCAACCUCGUGAGCAACGUGGACUCCUUCUACAAGGCGUUCGACAUCAGGGAGGGCGACGCCAUGUACCUUCCGCCCGGGAAGCGCGUCAGGAUGUGGUGA